AUGCCUGACCUAUUUUUGUCAUUGCAGAAGUUGUUGAGAUGCGAAGUAGGUCUGUUUGGCUACCUGGUGCUCAGGUGUGUAAGGACUGGGCUUUUUAGGAGUGUUGCUUACGGCAAAUGUGUCAGAGGCAUUGAUUCGACCUCAAAAGGUUAUAGUCUGCAAUAUUUGGUGAUUGGACAGAUGGACUUAUUAUGUUCACAUUGCAAUUGUUGUAAUUAUGGCGGGACGCUGUGUGGUCUUUACAAUGGAGUAGUUGUGGUUUUAAUUUUGGCGGGUUUUCCCGCAGGGAUUGUGCAGAUGAUCGCAUUUUGGAUUUUGCUGCUUUUGGGUUCUUUUGGUUUUGUUCAAGCUUUCAAAUUGAUGCUGGCCUCGAUCUUGCUAAUUUCUGGCAAUGGUUUUCCUACAGUACUUACUGCCUUUAAUGAUACUGAAUAUGCAUUUUCAUCAACUGAUUCUUCAAUAAGAAUCCAGGCUCAGUGCUACAAGAUGGAGCCGAAAAAAAUCGAGGGCUUGGAAGAGCUGGUUGCGGCGAAGAUGGAGAUGGAAAAUAAGUUAAAAGCGUUGGAGCAGCAGAUUUACGAUUUCGAGGAAACUUUUUUGAAAGAGACAACUAACUAUAGCAAUGUUGUGAAAGGUGAACUUUUUGGGGAUUCUGGUAGUUAUUCUGCUCCUCAGCCUGUAAGUAGGAAGGGUGAUGGGAAGCCGCGGUAUAAAAAGGCUGAUCGCAUCUUCUCCUAUUCGUCUGUGACGUCGCCCAAUGAAGUGGAGGAGUUGUGUAAUGAUGAGAACGCUAGAAAAGGCAGUGGGAUGCCUUCGUCUAGUAGAAGUGGAUCUGGCUUUUUGCGGCCGAGAAUUUCAGUUUUAAGGAAGCGGACUUUUUGGACAGAAAUAGGUAAGGGUUUUUGGAGAGAAGCUGGCUUUGACGUACUGGUCUUUGGUGGUGAAGGAGAAACAGUUCUGGAGGAUGGUGCGGUUGGGUUUUGGCUUUCGGGGUGUUUUCUCCGCCGUGGCUUCUUGAAUGGUCGGUUUGGACAGUCUCACCGGGGUCGUUCGCUCGCUAAUGAGGAAGUUGCCUCUUGCUCGCGUUUGCGUCCGAAAGUAUUUGAAGCUCCUGUACUCGGUCGAGCUACGGGCAAGCAGAAGGGACCUACUUGCGAAGGGGAAGGUACUUCCGCAGAUCAUUGCUAA